UGACAUGUCAGACCCUGGUUUCCGAUGUUUUGGUCAUGUGGAGUAGGAGCAGUGGAGCAAAAGCUUAUGACGAUGAAAUUCGGCACGUGCGCACGCGUUUUCGUGAACACCCUCACAAAACUCUCCGUGACUUUGACCUUCACCACGCGAUGGACGAACGAAGUGGCACAACGAACACCAUACGAUCGCGAACCACCUUUGACAUCUACAGGAACCUAGAUGUCGUUGUUUGGUGGUGACAGUAGCGCACCGCCAACCGAAUCCGAGUACGAAUCAGAACCAGAUAGUCAGUUCUCUCCGACCGAACAGACGCCUCUGCAAAGCCCUCCAAGCGCACGAACACAUCAUGCUGGGCUUGAGCCGGUGGCAGAAGAUGUCGACCAGGAUGUAGCAGGCAAUGACGCAGAUAGCGAAGAGUUCGAGGAUGAAGAACCGGAACGACCCAACCGCUUCAGAGGGCCGCCGCAGACGUGGAAAGGCUAUACUGCAGCCGAUCGCCAGAUCGCUGAGUCACUUCAACAACUCGAGGAUACCGACCUCUCUGCCCAUCUCUACAAUGCGCACGCUCUGAAGCGCCGUGUGCGCAAACCCGCGCCAGAGCUCUCAAUGCUGAGAAAUUGGCAGACCAAGGACACAUGGCUGAAACAGGGAAAGGAGCUACAAUAUACAGACGCUGCGGGGCAGCUGCAAGUAGAGUUAGUCCCCGCAAAGGACUGGACGGCCUGGCCAGUUCCUCCGGCCUCGCUCUACACUCUUGCGGAUGGGCUCAGAAGAGGCGCAGUAGCCCCAGAGAAAGGGGAGUGGGUUAUUGGCGGCAAUGCAGCGCAAGAUCCAGGUGAAGAGAUGAAGGAUGAGGUGCUAGGGCUAUUUCUGCGGCUGGCGAAGAACAACUGGGAUGCAAAGAAAUGGCAAGAUGAUGGCGAACAAGACACAACACAGAGGGCGCGUUUGAGAUCGAGAUCUCAGUCGCGGAGCGUGCACACUGACGUUGAGAUGAAGAAUACUGGUGGGAAUGAGCUUCAGCGUGACAAUGACAAUGCAGCUCAAGAGGGCGGAAAGAAGCGCGGAAGAAAACCUCAAGUCAAGCUGGACAUCAAGCCAGCCGUUCUUGCUGAUGACGCCAAAGCACAAAGACUGCUGCGACCCACAAUCGCCUCUUUGCUCAGCAAACUCGACGACGUUGCAUUAGCUCUACAGCGAACACGCCUCAACCACUUCGGUCGCGGUGGAUUAGGGGAGGGUUCGUCCCAGAGUGAGCUCACUACAGACGCAGAGACCACGGAGCCAGAGAUUCAUUCCAGACCUCUGUCCCGAGCAAAGAGAGUAUCUCGGACUCGGCCAGUGACACGACAAUCGUCACGUCCAUCUUCCAGUCGCGCCAGUCGCGCGCCAAAGUCGCCAAAGAAGCCCAGCAGACCCGCAGUGGAGCCUGGCAGCGACUCCGCCUCUGACUACGGGGCACAGUUCGGUGAAGACGGCGCUCUGGAUCCAGAAACGUCCCGUGGUAGCCCGAAACGUCGAAAACGGAGCAGAUCGGGAAGCACAGCGGACGGCGAAGAAUCAUCGAAUACACGGGAUUGGUCAAGAGCAGGACUCAUGGACUGGAGCGAGGUCCUUGGUAUCGCGGCUGUGAAAGGCUGGGACCAGAAUGCACUCGCUCGUACAGCACAACGCUGCUCAGUCUUGUUCGGGGAGAGUAUGUCUUUCAGGCCUUUCGCAGAGGACCUUGCUGCGAAACCUCUCGCCAGUCCAGUGCAGUACGCUCCAUCACCCAUUCCACCGCCAAGCAGUCUGCCAUUCAUUGUCUCUCGCUCGGAGAAGCGCCCGUACUUCCAGGCCGGCGCAAUACGCUGUCCCCAUCCUGAUUGCUAUGGGCAUCACAAGGACUUUACGGUGGCAUACCGCGUCAUUGAGCAUUGCAUGAGACUCCACGGUUACGAUCCUCGAACAAACGAUUCAGACAAUGAAGAGAGGACGCACGGCGGAGUUCACAUGGACGGGUUUCUGCAGCCCAUCACGGCGAAGCAAGGCUGGCUGGGACAUGGACGGUCGAAAGCGCGCGGGAAGAAGAGGAAGACUGAGGAAGACUGGCCCGGUGACCCCGCUGCUCUGCUAGAGACGGAGGAGUUGAUUUCCCAAUGACAUGCCUGCUAUGGUUGUAGCGGUAUCGAACCGGUGCUGAACUCUUAUCGUACAUCUUGUAUCUGGGUCCCGAACCUUCCACCCCGCACACGCAGAAGGACAUGUAUAGAGAUCUCAACGAUAUAAACAAGGACUCAGUGCCAGUCUCCACGCCACUCUUUCCUCGCUUUGCUUGAACACAACAGUAACCUUGGAUCGUUCCCGCUGACCACGAGUGUGUUUGAGGUGUGUUGGUUGUGCCUGAGAGGAAGGAGCACUGGAGGCUGUCGAGGCGAGUUUGGAGAAUGGCCACGUAUAUGAAUGG